GGGGUGGCCGGAAAAGGCGGGUGGGGUGGACCACCCACGUGGGCCUGCCCGGAAUGCGGAUGGGGGAAUGUUGGGGGUCGUAGCAGCGGCUGCAGCUGGGAGGUGGAGGGCGAUGACCAGAGGCCGCUGCAGAUUGAAUCCGGGAGGGCUUGGGGCUCCCCCUCCCCCAGCCCCAAAGGGCCUGAAAGAGGGUAAUCAGGAGGUCAGAACAGAUGUGACUCUCACAAUUAUGAUUAAUAGUAGUCACAAGGACUGAUAUUUAUUGAGCACUUAGUGUCUACCUCUUACCUCCCUGAAUCCAUAUAACAGUCCAAUGGUGUGGGAACUCAUCAUGACUGUUUUCCAGAUGGGGGAAACUGAGGUAUGGGAUCACAGUUUGUAAGUGGCAGAGCCAGAGCUGGAACCCGUACUAUCUGGGUCCUGACACCUCAGAGAGGCAGGGCUAGGUGGCCGGACCCAGGACCUCCAGCAGGGGCUUCAGGUUUUCCCUGCGUCUGGCUUAGGCAGAGGGGUCAUUAGAACAUCCUACCUGCCACUCAUCGGGAGGUCCACUCUUGGUCUGUUUCCCGUUUUAUGAGCACCAGGUGCUGACUUCCCAGAGUUGGUCCCCGGCGGCACUCAGGACAGCACCUGGGAACCAGUGAGCUCUCUGGGAUGGGGGCCAUGGCUAUUCCUACCCCCAUUUAAGGGUGAAGAAACUGAGGCCAUCUACCCCCCCACCCCCCCAUACCCAGCAGCUCCACCCAGCCCUGCACGGAGGGCAGGGAGGGAGAGUGGAGCCCCCUCCCCGAAGGCCAUGUCCCCGGGGAGACAGUGAGCUCAUGCAAAGGGAAUGUUCCCAACUUGGAGAACUGCCCUCCUGGUCCACAGGUGGUGUCUGCUGGCUCCAGCAGGGCAAAGAGGCCACCUGCAGCCUGGUGCUGAAGACCGAUGUGAGCCAGGCUGAGUGUUGUGCCUCUGGCAACAUUGACACCGCCUGGUCCAACUUCACCCACCCAGGGAACAAGAUCAGCCUCCUGGGCUUCUUGGGCCUUGUCCACUGCCUCCCCUGCAAAGAUUCGUGCGAGGGCGUGGAGUGCGGCCCCGGCAAGGCGUGCCGCAUGCUGGGGGGCCGCCCGCGCUGCGAGUGCACCCCGGACUGCGAGGAGCUCCCGGCGCGCCUACAGGUCUGCGGCUCCGACGGCGCCACCUACCGUGACGAGUGUGAACUGCGCGCAGCGCGCUGCCGCGGCCACCCAGACCUGCGCGUCAUGUACAGGGGCCGCUGCCCGCAAGUCCUGCGCGCACGUGGUGUGCCAGCGGCCACAGUCGUGCGUGGUGGACCAGACAGGCAGUGCCCACUGCGUGAUGUGUCGCGCUGCGCCCUGCCCCGCGCCCUCCAGCCCUGGCCAGGAACUCUGCGGCAACAACAACGUCACCUACAUGUCUUCGUGCCACCUCCGCCAGGCCACCUGCUUCCUGGGCCGUUCCAUUGGCGUGCGGCACCCGGGCAGCUGCGCAGGUGCGGGGCGAAGCGGGGAGCAGUGGUGGGCUGUAGGCCCCAGCCCCUCUCCGUACCCCCAUUUCUCUGUUCGUCCCUCCCACUCAGCAGGCACCCCUGAGCCAGCAGAUGUUGAGUCGGAGGAAGAAGAGGAGAACUUUGUGUGACUUAACAGGGUGGCCUGGGCCUGGCGUUCAAGGCCUCCCCCAUUUUAUUUAUUGCCAGAGCAAAGCCUAAUUUAUGUCCCAUGGACACUCCCCAGAGCCAGGACCGGACCACUUGCCGGAGCCCUGGACCCUUCCCCCCAGCCAUAUCUUGGAAGAAUUGGUGGGAGGAGGCCUGGGAGCAGUGCUGGUAGGGGAACCCUCCACCCCAAACACCCUACUACUGUUCAAGAGGACCCUGCUUCUGUUCCCUCGGGAAUAACUAUUAAUUAUCACUGCCACUGAGAGGGCUGAGAGUUCUCUGCCAGCAAUUAAUGAAAAGGCACCCUAGCCUUCUAGAACAGGAACCAAGGGAUGGGGAGGGGUCCACAACCUGGGUGCAUAUACAUAAACUUCAGGACAUGCUCAGAACCCCGGACAGGCCAAGGAAGCAGUCUGUCCCCUACCAACCCAAGUAUUCAGGGCUUUCCUUCCCCACUGCCUCCACGUACCCAGUAGGUCCUAUAAAGGCCCCUGAGAAAAGCCCAGCUUAUCCCCUGGUCAGGGAGGCACUGUCCGUGCCUUCUGACACAGGCCUCGGCUCAGCAUUAGCUCAGAACAGGGCCCAAUCCACUUCGGGUGAGAUCUCCUGGAGCCCAGGAGCCCCUACUCAUCCGGUGGGAUAUAGACACCAAGGCCCACUGCACACCUGGCCUCCUGGAGCUACGUGUCUGAACAGCACCCCUAGUGCCUGCUGACCCGUCCACAGGUGAGGUCCAGACACAGGACCCCUUGGUAUCAUGAGGCCCACCCUUGGGUCUCUAGGCCCAGUUCCUAGGUGAACCCUCUUUGCCCACCAGCUAGGCUCAGGGGUCUCAACUCCAGCCUAGGGCCAAUUCCCUGCAUUCCUAGGCUGUCACUCAAUGCCACCUCCUUGUGCCUUUGUGUAGACCAGAGGCUCAGACCCGAUACGGGAAUUCAGCUCCUCAAGUUUGGGGCAAGGAGCUCAGGGGGCAGUGUGCCCACCCUCUCCCAGCCCCCAGGAAGUGCCUUACCUAUGUCACCCAGAAAAGUGUCCUUGAGUAGGUGAGUUUGCCCAAGCCACCCAAUAAGGCAAUUUUCCCCACCCUGGGGUCCUGCCUCACCAAAGAAAUAAAGAUUGUAAAAAGCCA